AUGACCCCACCCGGCCCCAGUGACACCCCCCAGUUCCUUCUGCCAGCACCACACGGGGACAGGGGCUUCCACAGAGGAACCCGGACGGACACAGUUCAGCUGAGGCGAAUCCCCUUCCCACGAGGGAAGACCCCGGUGGCCGGGCGUGUGGCCCCGCCAGGCUCCUCGGUCUCGAAGCCGCGCGUGGGCCCUGGCACUCUCGGAGCCACGGAGCUGGCCUGCCAGCCGGGCGGGACAGUGGCCUCGGGACUGUGGCCUGGGCCUGUCCCUAAGCUGUACACCCUCCUGAAUGUGUUCUUGGCCAUCGCCGUGGACAACCUGGCCAACGCCCAGGAGCUCACCAAGGACGAACAAGAGGAGGAGGAAGCCGCCAACCAGAAGCUCGCGCUGCAGAAGGCCAAGGAGGUGGCGGAAGUGAGCCCCCUGUCGGCGGCCAACAUGUCCAUAGCUGUGCCACGCGGGCACUGGGGGCUGUGGAACGUGCACAGGCUCAUGUCCACCGCCCUGGCCUCCGUGGCCAUCUCCGAGGCCAUGACGAUGCUCAAAGCCACCCCAGAGGUUCCUGCGCUGCCGUUGGCGGCAGAGAAGGAGCAGCAGAGGAACCAGAAGGCGGCGCGCUCGGUGUGGGAGCAGCGCACGAGCGAGAUGCGCAAGCAGAACCUGCUGGCCAGCCGCGAGGCGCUCUACCCCGGCCUGGACCCCGAUGAGCCCGGGGACGAGGCGGCCGACGACAAGCCCGAGCGCCGGGCGCGCCACCGCGAGGGCAGCCGGCCCGCCCGCGGCGGAGAGGGCGAGGGCGAGGGCCCCGACGGGGGCGAGCGCAGGAGGCGACACCGGCACGGCCCUCCCGCCACCUACGACGCGGACGCGCGGAGGGAAGACAAGGAUCGCCGGCACCGGCGGAGGAAAGAGAACCAGGGCACCGGGGUCCCUGUGUCCGGCCCCAACCUGUCCACCACGCGUCCAAUCCAGCAGGACCUGGGCCGCCAGGACGCGCCGCUGGCCGAGGACAUGGACAACCUGAAGAACAACAAGCUGGCCACUGCGGAGCCAGCCAGUCCCCACGACAGCCUGGGCCCCGCCGGCGCACCCCAGAGCCCCGCCAAGAUGGGGAACAGCACGGUCCCCGGCCCGACGCCUGCCCCAGCCGGCAACCCGCACAGCAGCGCCGGCCGCCGGGUGCCCAAUGACCCGGGGCCCCCGUCACACCCCGGCGCCCCCAAGGCCCCCGAGAACAGCCUCAUCGUCACCAACCCCAGCAGUGGCCAGGACGCCUCGGCCAGGACCGGGAGGCCCGAGCACACGGCCGUGGACAUCCCGCCCCCAGGGCCGCCCCUCAACCACACGGUCGUCCAAGUGAACAAAAACGCCAACCCCGACCCGCUGCCGCGGAAAGAGGAGGAGAAGAAGGAGGAGGAGGAGGAGCCCGGGGAGGACGGCCCCAAGCCCAUGCCCCCCUACAGCUCCAUGUUCAUCCUGUCCACCACCAACCCCCUUCGCCGCCUGUGCCAUUACAUCCUCAACCUGCGCUACUUCGAGAUGUGCAUCCUCAUGGUCAUCGCCAUGAGCAGCAUCGCGCUGGCCGCCGAGGACCCCGUGCAGCCCAACGCGCCCCGCAACAAUGUGCUGCGAUAUUUCGACUACGUUUUCACUGGCGUCUUCACCUUUGAGAUGGUCAUCAAGAUGAUCGACCUGGGGCUGGUCCUGCACCAGGGCGCCUACUUCCGCGACCUCUGGAACAUUCUGGACUUCAUAGUGGUCAGUGGGGCCCUGGUGGCCUUUGCCUUCACGAGCAGCACACGUGGCAAUAGCAAAGGGAAGGACAUCAACACCAUCAAAUCUCUCCGAGUCCUCCGGGUGCUACGACCUCUGAAAACCAUCAAGCGGUUGCCAAAGCUCAAGGCCGUGUUCGACUGCGUGGUGAACUCGCUCAAGAACGUCUUCAACAUCCUCAUCGUCUACAUGCUCUUCAUGUUCAUCUUCGCCGUGGUGGCCGUGCAGCUCUUCAAGGGCAAGUUCUUCCACUGCACCGACGAGUCCAAGGAGUUCGAGAAGGACUGCCGCGGCAAGUACCUGCUCUACGAGAAGAACGAGGUGAAGGCCCGGGACCGGGAGUGGAAGAAAUACGAGUUCCACUACGACAACGUGCUGUGGGCCCUGCUGACCCUCUUCACCGUGUCCACGGGAGAAGGCUGGCCGCAGGUCCUCAAGCACUCGGUGGACGCCACUUUCGAGAACCAGGGCCCCAGCCCGGGGUACCGCAUGGAGAUGUCCAUCUUCUACGUGGUCUACUUCGUGGUCUUCCCCUUCUUCUUUGUCAACAUCUUUGUGGCCUUGAUCAUCAUCACCUUCCAGGAACAGGGGGACAAGAUGAUGGAGGAGUACAGCCUGGAGAAGAACGAGCGGGCCUGCAUCGACUUCGCCAUCAGUGCCAAACCGCUGACCAGACACAUGCCGCAGGACAAGCGCAGCUUCCAGUACCGCAUGUGGCAGUUUGUGGUGUCCCCGCCUUUCGAGUACACCAUCAUGGCCAUGAUCGCCCUCAACACCAUCGUGCUGAUGAUGAAGUUCUACGGCGCCUCGGUGGCCUAUGAGAACGCUCUGCGGGUGUUCAACAUCGUCUUCACCUCGCUCUUCUCCCUGGAGUGCCUGCUCAAGGUCAUGGCCUUUGGGAUUCUGAAUUAUUUCCGCGAUGCCUGGAACAUCUUCGACUUUGUGACUGUUCUGGGCAGCAUCACAGACAUCCUCGUGACCGAGUUUGGGAAUCCGAAUAACUUCAUCAACCUGAGUUUUCUCCGCCUCUUCCGAGCUGCCCGGCUCAUCAAACUCCUCCGUCAGGGUUACACCAUCCGCAUUCUUCUCUGGACCUUCGUGCAGUCCUUCAAGGCCCUGCCCUAUGUGUGCCUGCUGAUUGCCAUGCUCUUCUUCAUCUACGCCAUCAUCGGGAUGCAGGUGUUUGGCAACAUCGGCAUCGACGUGGAGGACGAGGACAGUGAUGAGGACGAGUUCCAAAUCACUGAGCACAACAACUUCCGGACCUUCUUCCAGGCGCUCAUGCUUCUCUUCCGGAGUGCCACCGGGGAAGCCUGGCACAACAUCAUGCUCUCCUGCCUCAGUGGGAAGCCCUGUGACAAGAACUCGGGCAUCCUGACCGCCGACUGUGGCAACGAGUUCGCUUACUUCUACUUCGUGUCCUUCAUCUUCCUCUGCUCCUUUCUGAUGCUGAACCUCUUCGUGGCCGUCAUCAUGGACAACUUUGAGUACCUCACCCGAGACUCCUCCAUCCUGGGCCCCCACCACCUGGACGAAUACGUGCGUGUCUGGGCCGAGUACGACCCUGCCGCUUGGGGCCGCAUGCCUUACCCGGACAUGUAUCAGAUGCUGAGACACAUGUCUCCGCCCCUGGGUCUGGGGAAGAAGUGUCCGGCCAGAGUGGCCUACAAGAGGCUCCUGCGGAUGGAUUUGCCCGUCGCGGAUGACAACACGGUCCACUUCAACUCCACCCUCAUGGCGCUGAUCCGCACAGCCCUGGACAUCAAGAUAGCCAAGGGUGGGGCCGACAAGCAGCAGAUGGACGCAGAGCUGCGGAAGGAGAUGAUGGCCAUCUGGCCAAACCUGUCCCAGAAGACGCUGGACCUGCUGGUCACACCUCACAAAUCCACGGACCUGACGGUGGGGAAGAUCUACGCAGCCAUGAUGAUCAUGGAGUAUUACCGGCAGAGCAAGGCCAAGAAGCUGCAGGCCAUGCGCGAGGAGCAGAACCGGACCCCUCUCAUGUUCCAGCGCAUGGAGCCCCCGUCCCCGUCACAGGAGGGGGGACCCGGCCAGAAUGCCCUCCCCUCCACCCAGCUGGACCCCGGAGUCAGCCUGAUGGCUCAUGAAGGCGGCAUCAAGGAGAGUCCGUCCUGGGUGACGCAGCGGGCCCAGGAGAUGUUCCAGAAGACGGGCACGUGGAGCCCAGAGCGAGGGCCCCCGGCCGACCUGCCCAACAGUCAGCCCAGCUCUCAGUCGGUGGAGAUGCGCGAGAUGGGCACCGAUGGCUACUCGGACAGCGAGCACUACCUCCCCAUGGAAGGCCAGGCCCGCGCCGCCUCCAUGCCCCGCCUCCCGGCCGAGAACCAGACCAUCUCCGACACCAGCCCCAUGAAGCGCUCAGCAUCGGUGCUGGGCCCCAAGGCUCGGCGCCUGGACGACUACUCCCUGGAGAGGGUCCCCCCAGAGGAGAACCAGCGGCACCACCAGCGCCGCCGGGACCGCGGCCACCGCGCCUCUGAGCGCUCCCUGGGCCGCUACACAGACGUGGACACAGGCUUGGGAACCGACCUGAGCAUGACCACCCAGUCCGGGGACCUGCCUUCCAAAGAGCGGGACCAGGAACGGGGCCGACCCAAGGACCGGAAGCAC